AGGAUCCACUUGGUCAUUAUUUGAAGCAGCCUGGAUUUCAGGAGGAUUCCUGCUGUUAUUAUUUUUAUCUUCCCAGCUUCCUCCUGGGUGCCACUCGUGAUUCGCGCCGCUCUCGUGUCCACCAUUCCCAUUGUCGUUGCUAUCGCUGUUCCCCCAAUUAUUAUGGUCUUGGGCUUGUCCAUUGUAUUGGUUGUCGUUGUCCCAAUUAACUUGCUGGUGAGAUUCAUUGUUCGGAUUCUCGACAUUUCCAGAGUCCCACCGGCUUUCAUUCGUACUACCGUUGUUAUCGCCACCCCAACUUUUCUGGGUUUCGUUGUUAUUCCAAUCUGGCUGUUCAUGGGUGUUUCUGUUGCCAGCAUUGGCCCAGUCGUCUCCCAUGUCAUUAUUGGAUCGGUUAUCGCUAUUGUUGUUGCAAUCCUGCGGGCCCAAGCUACUCUUGUCCCAGUUCCCCGAUCCGUUGUUACCAGGCCCUUCAUUUCUCGAUCCAUUCGAGCCAUUGUCCCAUCCCGGUUCACCAGUCGUGCGGUUUCGACCAUCCUGAUCAUCUCUUUGACCUCCAUUAUGUAUUCCAUGAUUGGGCCAGCUGGACUGAUUGCCAUUUGACCUGUCCGAGCUAUGGUCCUGCACUCCAGUUGGAGGGGAUUCUCCUGGGACAUGGUUACAAUUGCCGCUGCAAUUACGGCUCUCCUCCCAAGUGCGAACAUUAGGCGCUCGAGUUCGAGGCCCUCUGCAAUAAUGUGGGACUUUUUGACCGUCUGAGAUCAUGUAACAACCGUUAUUAGCGACGUCAAGUUGGUUAUCGCAGGAUUUGCAGGUCGAAUGCUCGUUACCCCAUGACGGUGGGUUCACAUUCAAUACGAUUGACGGCACACCCUGGGAAGUCGAUUGUAUGGUAGUCCCGUAUGCAACUUUUUCUUCUCGGUUCGUUCCAUUGCGUGAAUGUGUAUCGUGUUCAUUUCGUGGAUUGCCAGGGUGACUGCAAUUAUACGUCUGGUCGUGCCUAACAUCCCGUUCUUCAUACUUUUCACCCUCGUCACAUUCAGGGCAGUAGUUGUGGGUGGUCAGCACCCUUCCCCGGUACCUGGAAAGUUCCCUGGGUACUUCGGGGCCGGUUUCUAGCAUCAAAUUGCAUUCUUCACAGGAUCUAUGAUCGCGUGCAUCCUGAGCAUUUGGACGGCGAAAGAUUGCGGUCGUGUUUUCCGUGGUUUUGUCGGUGGCGGCAUCGAGGCCACCCUGAAGGCUUGGCUCGCAGUUCUCUGGGAUUGUAAGGGUG